GUAAUUUCGUCAUUAAAAAAAAGGCUUCCCUUUGAGUCUUUCGAUAACAAAAUUAACUCUCUUUUUCUUAAAAAAAAAAUUGUAUUUAUUCUAUAAUAAUUAUACGCUCGCAUAUGUAUGUAUAUAUAUGUGUGUAUUAUUGUUUUGGAAAUAAAAUCGUCAUUGCCUCAUAUUCUGUUGUUACGUGAGAUGUCAUUGUUGCAGAAAGAUAGCUGGAGUGAAGAAGAAGAUAGGAUCCUAAUUGAAGCUCAUGCCAAAGUUGGGAACCGGUGGGCUGAGAUUGCAAAGGUCAUCCCUGGAAGAACUGAAAAUGCCAUAAAAAACCAUUGGAAUGCUACAAAAAGGAGGCAAAACUCAAGGAAGAAGAACAAACAAAAUGAUAAGCAAAAUGGCAAACCUCAAUCCUCUAUUCUUCAAGACUACAUUCGAAGCCAAAAUCUGAAUACCCCAACCAACAGUUCCACCACUUCCGCCACCCCUUCUAGCUCCACCUUCUCUGAAGACUUGUCAACUCAAUUCAAUUAUUUCCUCCCUGAACCAUCCGAAUCCGAUGAUUCUCACCCUUUGGUUGCUCAAACAUAUGAUGAUGAACUUAUGUUCAUGCAAAACUUCUUUGCAAAUAACAACAAUACUAUUCAUCUCUCCCUUGAUUAUUCCCAAACCGGAAAUCCAACUGAGGUGUUCAAGUCCGUCCAUGUUGUUGAUCAUAACUUGAGCAAAGGUUCAUCCACCAUUGACUGCCUCACAUUUGCUGAUACUCGCUUUAGCUUCUCUUCUUCUAUUCAGGAGCCAAACAACGAACCUCGAACCACCUAUUUGUUUUCCGAUCUCUACUUGUCUCGCCUCUUGAAUGGAGCCACCACUUCCUCAUUUCCAAAUGACCACGGCUACUACAAUGGCAACGUGAACACUAACCUCCUCUCGGAGCAGUCUUCUUCAGAUGAAAGGAAAGAGAUGGACUUGAUUGAGAUGGUUUCUUCCUCUCAAUUCUACACGUAGCAGCUUAUAUUUUGGUACUUUUAUGGACCCAAAAUUGGAUAAAGAGAGAGAUCCCAUGGCUGGAAUCAUGGACUUGAAGAACAUGCACAAGGAAGGAGAUGAGGAAAUGAAAAGAACAAUUGCUAAAGGAUGGACUGAUGCAAGAUCUGGCAAAACAAAUGAUCCUUUGAAGGGUUAUCGUUGAAUCCCAUUUGAAAACUGAGAUGAAAUGCGGUUCGUUUUGGGUAUUAGCACAAUGGUCCAAUUUUUUAUGCUUUUUUGUUUGAACUUGUAUUGAAGUUGCAGAAAGAUUUGUUUCAGGAUAUUUUUGCUCUUGCCAUAAAGUAUAAUUGAAAUUUGGAAAUAGUUGGAUUUCUUACUCUAUGUUUAACCAAUGUUUCUCGGACAUAUUAUUUGUGAAUGAGUAAUCUUCUAGUUUCCGUAGUCUAACCUCACUCCAAGUACGAAGUAGUAGGCAUUAAUAAGACUAGAAAAUCUGGAAAAUUAAGAAGUAUCUUGGCGGUGGCAGCCAUCAUCCCAGUAUUUGACUGCCAUAGUCUGUAUUGAACUUCUCGUAGCGAU